CAUUUCUCUUCUCUUUCACUCGGCGAAAUCUGAAGAAGCAACAGCAGCAGCUGCUGAAGUUGAAGCUCAAUCCCUUGCGUUAAUGGCGGAUUGUUAGAUUCAAUUCGAUUUGAUUUUUCGACCCGCUUAUCGAUCCCUUAAUCUUCUGCGAACAGAUCGAGGGCGUGUUCUAUUCGGUUUCAGCUGAAUUUCGGAUUGGAGGAUCUCUGGGAGCGAUUAAGGGGAAAUUUUCGGGCAUUCUGUUGUGUUUUGCCUAAAAAAUGUGGAGAUUUAAGCCAUUCAUGCACAAAGAGCAGACUGGCCUUGAAGGUCGUAGCGUAGAUGUUGGCAAUCUUAAAAUACAUGUUGUUAAGGCCAUUGCUGAAGGAGGGUUCUCUUCUGUCUACCUAGCUCGUGAUGCUGUACAUAUGUCAAAGCAAUAUGCUUUGAAGCACAUAAUAUGCAAUGAUGAAGAAUCACUUGGAUUGGUAAAGAAGGAGAUAUCUGUGAUGAAGAUGCUGGUAGGACAUCCCAAUGUUGUCACACUUCAUGCACAUACUAUCUUUGAUAUGGGUAGGACAAAAGAGGCAUUCCUUGUGAUGGAAUUUUGUGAGAGGUCUCUGGUUAGUGUGUUGGAGAGUCGAGGAGCUGGUUAUUUUGAUGAAAAACAGGUUCUUUUGAUCUUCAGGGAUGUGUGUAAUGCAGUUUUUGCCAUGCACUGCCAGUCCCCUCCUAUUGCACACCGAGACUUGAAAGCAGAGAAUCUUUUAUUAAGUUCAGAUGGCGUAUGGAAGUUAUGUGAUUUUGGAAGCACUUCCACCAACCACAAACGUUUUGAGAAGCCAGAAGAAAUGGGAAUUGAGGAAGACAAUAUCAGGAAGUACACAACCCCUGCCUACAGGGCCCCUGAGAUGUGGGAUCUGUUCCUGAGAGAAGUCAUUAGUGAGAAGGUGGACAUAUGGGCUCUUGGAUGUCUUCUUUUUCGCAUAUGCUACUUCAAAAGUGCUUUUGAUGGGGAAUCAAAGCUCCAAGUCUUGAACGGAAACUACCGCAUUCCAGAUUUACCAAAAUACAGUUCAUCUAUCAUGGACUUGAUAAGAGACAUGCUCCAAGCUAGACCAGAUGACAGACCAGAUAUCACGCAGGUGUGGUUUCGUGUUAAUGAGCAACUACCUAUUAAUUUACAGAAGUCAUUACCUGACAGACCACCUGAAUCGCCCUCAUCCAACAGUCAUGAAGGUGUGCCAUUGUCCUCAAACAGAUCACCUCCAAUGCCUCGGAGGAACCCACCUCCUCCACCUUCAUCUGGAGAACCCAAAACUACACCACAGCCAUCCCAUGCUUCUAGGGGAGGGGGAAGUGGGGGGCAGCUUGGUGUUUUCUGGUCCACACAGCAUGCAAAGGACUCACUUGUCCCUGAGGAUAAGAGCAAACCAAUUUUUGAUGAAGAACCUUCUAGCCAUCAUGUGUCAUUGAAAAAUGAUAGAGUUCGCCCCGAAAGCGAUCAAUUGCCCAAAAAUGUUGGUACUAACAAAGUGGUUACACAAACUCAUCCUGUGAAAAGCAGUACACAAGGAAAAUUACACAAGCCUGAUACUGUACCCUCCAAGGAUUUUGAAUUAAAUUUCUUUCAGGAUAAAGAUUGUGUGGGUGAGAGACAAAAGUCUAGUAUGGAGAAUAAUGCUAACUUUCAAAACCAGGCUUUUAAUACUUUUGUUGCUGAAUUUGAUACCGCCAAGCUCAACUCUGGACUUGGUGACAAACCCGAAAGGGAACAAGCAUUAGAGGCUGAGGUGGAGAAACUGAAAGAGCAGCUGAAGGAAGCUAACUUGGAAAAAGCUGAAAUUACUUCAAAGUAUGAAAAGCUUACUGCUAUCUGCCGAUCACAAAGGCAAGAAUUACAGGAUCUCAAGCAAGCACUUGCAGCUAGGACUCCUUCACCAAGUAGAGAGGGUUUGAAAACCCCUCCUGCUGUUACAUCAUCUGCAUCUGCGAGAGAGAAGAUUGCUGGGGAUAGAACUGAAUGGAAAACUCCCAGUUCAGAACCAAAGUCAUGGCAAGCUUUUCCAGUGGAACCCCAACAACAAAAAUCCCUUUCAGCAGAAAAUACCGCCAAAUCGGUCAGGUCAAAAAAUGGUCAGCAGAACAAGCAACCUGUUCCUCCUGCUACAAAUUUUGAUUCAUGGGGUUUUGGGACAGAUAGCUUCAGUGCUAUAGCUGCUGGCAGCCAGCAGAUUCAAAGACCUGCUGAAGGGAGCAAGUCUCAGGCUUUUGGUGAGGCCAAGGCCUUUGAGAGCAAGCCAACUUCUCAACCAGCUGGUUGGGCUGGUUUUUAACCAAGGAAAAGUUCUAAAGGAUCUAUACUUGUGAUUGCAGUGAGAUAUUUGUUUUUUGCGCCAACAUGGAGAAGUAAAAUGAAUGCAAGCUUAUUAUAUAAUCCUGUAUGUUAAAUUCAUGCGGUUGAGUUUGUUUCCUUUUGUGGAUCAUGCUUCCAAAUGGUACAUGUUUCUUUGGACCAAAACCAUUAUUGAGUGACGCUAUUCAUUUCCAUUUUGCAAGAUUGUUGCAUCGCUUUUUUAAUUCUAUAUAUUUGUGUUGAUUGGCAAGGGUCUGAGUGGACCUCCACCCUCAUGUACACCAUAUACUCGCUCAGAAUUCAUUGCCUGAAUUUAAACAUUUUCUGGUACAAA